AUGUCGACUAGUACUAAUAAUAGAAAUUCUUCAUGGGCCAUACCGAAAGCGGUCUCUCAUUUCAUGUCCAUCAAGGCAAAACAUCAAAGCACAAACCCUAGAGUCGAUGGUGGAGAAGUGCUAGGAGCGACAGGAGCAGAUGGAACACCGACACCAACUCAACAUUCUACAGCUUCUCCUUUGCUUGAAACUCAUUUUCCUCAUUCUGAUCACUACUCAGACAGACUCAAAGUAUUUGUUGGUACCUGGAACAUGUAUGGCAGAUUACUGCCUAUUGAUCUUUCCACAUUUUUGACGAAAAAUGAGAUUUUGCAAAACACAACGCCAAAGAAUUUCAGUCUAGAUGGCUCUGCUACACAUCCAUACCACUUGCUAGUGAUAGGAACUCAAGAAUGUGAAAGAGAUAUAUCUGAAUCUCUCUUUUAUCCUUCAAAAGAGGUUUGGGAAAAGAGACUCUCGGAUUACCUCGGCUCUCAUUACAGAUUAGUAAAGACCGAAACGUUGGCUGCAUUGCACGUUGCUGUAUUUGUUUGGAUGCCUGUUUCCUACCUGGUAAAAGAUGUCCAGUCUGAAUCUAUAAAGACAGGUUGGGCUAAUAUGGUUGGAAAUAAGGGUGCUGUAGCCAUCUCUAUUUUGUUUGGUUCGAGAUCCUUGUUAUUUAUAAAUUGUCAUCUUCGAGCUCAUCAGACCAAAUUAACCGAGAGAAAUGCAAACAUACAAAGAAUACUGUACGAGCUAAAAAUGCCAAGCUUCAAAACUGGGAAAAACAAAAAGAAGCCUUAUCCCUCUGUUAUAGAUCAGUUCGACCACGUUUUCUUAUUCGGUGAUACAAAUUACCGCAUUAACGCCGAGAGGCCCUUUGUAUUUGAAGCUUUAAAACAAGGAGAUUACAAUACUUUAUUAGAAUAUGAUCAACUCUCUGUAGAGAGAAGAACAGAAGGCUCACCCUUGGCUUUCUUCCAGGAACACCCUAUCCAAUUUCCUCCUACAUACAAACUAGACACAGUCAUCGCUGGCGCAUCAGCUGUUGUUGCUGCUGCUGCUGCUAUCACUGUAGACGACUCCAACAUUUCAUACCCACUAUCUCGCUCAUCGACUCGGCCUUCUCACAUCAACCCUAAUAAUACCACCACUGUCUCGCUUACUACGUCUUCGACAUCCUCAUUACCUACGCCCACCAGUGCCAAACUAGUCGCCACAAAAGAAUCAAUAAAAGCAACUAUACAAAAUACCAAAAGUAAAUCUGUUACUAGCAUAAAGCGUCGACUGAGCAGCAAAAAGAAAAUUGUCUCUCCAGCAUCUACUGACAAUAUACCCCAAGAAAAUACCAAUUAUGAAGACGACGAUGAUGAUAGCAGCCACAAGAAUGGCAUCUCCAUGUGUGAUUCCAAAAUAGCCCUCAUAGAUUUACCUAAUACCAUAUUGUGUUACGACAGUUCAGAGAAACAACGCGUGCCUAGUUGGACCGAUCGAAUUCUUUGGUGCGAUCGUGCUUCCACGCAUCAUAUUGCUCCACCUUCUUUGCCCACCAACACCAAGAACAACAAGAAAAAGAAGAGAAAUUCCAACAAUACCAAAUCUUUGUUAUCCUCAUUAGGUCUUCGAAACAGAAGACAGUUCACCCGAGACACAGUUUGCUAUUCGUAUGACGCCGUUUUGCAUGAUUCUUUACUGGGUGUCAGUGACCAUAUGCCAGUGAUUGCAGUCUUUGGCAUUUGGUUUGAUGAAUGGACACCUGCACAUCAAAAGAUUAUCCGAUUGCCCUUGAAAAAGAACCCUACUAUACAAAGCACGCAUACUGUUAAACAUAAAAAGUCAAAAACAAAGAAGAGAAUAUGGUGGCAACGCCUUUUUGGUUAA